AUGGUCGAGCCCUGCGACUGCUCAUCAGGUACAGUUCUGUUCUAUCCUGACUACGACAAAACUUACGAGGGCUACUGUGAGGCGCGGGCGCUGCUCCAGGACUCUCGUUGGUAUGGCGGGUACUUCGAGCUCGUGAGAUUGGACGGCCAGCUGCAGCGCAUUUCCAGCAUCAUAAAUCGUGAGGCCCAGGACCAGUGCCACGGUUGCACGCGGGUCCAGCAAAGUCUGAUUUGUUCCGCUGCCGUUUGCAUCUCAAGAUCCAUCAUCGGGUGGCAGAAGAACCUCGGCCCCCGCGUAUUCAUGUUUCGCCUCACAGUGAUCAGUGCUGUGGCUCUUCAGACUCUUGGGUACAUAGAGUCAGAGUCAGACUGCUUCGGUCUGACGUUACUACAGCAUGGGGUUCACGCCAAAGCAUCUGCACAGCAGGUCGCAGCCACUGACGCAGCUGCACUGUCCAGCUUCAUGAUGAAUCACUGGCGAGAGAGCCCGUCGCUCGAUGAAAACGGUCGGGUUUGCAUGUACUGCGACCUUCCACCAGCAGAUCGUGCGCCGAACCAGUCCUAUGUACAGCGCAGUGACUGUGGAAACCACAGCUUGGUGGAGCACCCUGAGAUUUUGCACGUGCCUUUAAGUUCUUUACAGCGAAAGGCUACCGUAAAUCAGAACGAAACGUCUGGCUUUUGCGAACUGAACUUCGAAAAAGGAUGCGCAGAUGCCAUUUUGAACGAGGAUUACAUGAUGUUUGCCAAGAGCAUAAUCGUCCCUUACGCACCUCCUGACUACUACAAAAUUUCGUCGUGGGACCAGCACCACUGCUUUUACAAUGGGUGGUUGUCUCCUGAGAUCAAGGCGCUGCAGCACGAUUUCCAAGGAAUGACAGCGAAAGCUCAAGAGCUGUGCGAUUCGGAUGCCCUUGUCAAAAGAGGCUCUCGAGGCAACAUGACCAUGAGCGACAUGCUGCAGCGUUGGUAUAAUGCACACCCUGCACCUGGCUUGCCGGGUAGCCGCCCGAGCUACGAGGAUUCGCUGUUCCUCGCUGCCUGGGCGUGUGCUAUGGGCAGUGCUGCGUGCGACAUGGCAUUCUGCGCUUACACGUUCUGCCAAAAAGAUGAUGGUUUUGGCACCUAUGAGGAAUGCCACGGCAGCUUACAAGAUCACGAUGCGCGUCUAGCUGAAGCACCCAAAUUGCAGAUCUGUUUGUUCUCAUGGUGCAGUGCCUGGACGCGUGGUUGCGUCCAGACUCGCCGCAGGCUUCAAAAGUGGCAGAAAACCAUCCAGAAGAUUCGAGUUCAGUCCGGCGGAUUGGAAGACUUUGUUGUGAAGCUAUGGCACAGUGUUGAGGCUAUGCAGCACUUUGGGUUGCAGACCGGCUUCAUGCGAGCCUCGGACUGGGAAAGGCCACUCUCUGCCCAUUCACUGCCCAACCACUACCGUUUGGCGUUGCAUGUCAGCCGCAUGUUGGGCAUGACAGCAUGUGCCGCAGGCUCCACCAGCAGCAGGAAGUUGGCAGAGGGUUACGGCAAGCGCAAUCGGUGGGGCGAUCGCGUUGAACUUGCUGCCAAAAAGCAGAAGCGGAUUCUGGCUGCGAAGCCCAUCGUCCUACCAUAUAUAAAUAAUGAGUCCUUGGUGUGGAACUUCGUUUUCAACACUUGCAGGCGAUCUGAAAUGUCAACCUUGCUGCAUGCGCUGCUCCAGGACUUUCGUUGGCAUGGCGGGUACUUCGAGCUCGUGAGAUUGGACGGCCAGCCAGGCCACCUGCAUGGGAUGCGCCUCAAACCAAUUCUCCAGGGGGUCACGUUGCCGAGCAUUUAUUCGCGAUUGUUUAUGUCAGGGGAGCUGGGUUGGAAGGGAGGACUUGUGGAGGACACCUGGCGCAUGCGCCGCAAUGUGCAGGCAGCCAUGGCACUGGACCUGAUAGCUGCGCCUGCAGCCAAAGUUAUGGGCAAUCAGGUCGACAUCACGGGCUUUCUGCCAAUCUCAGAACAGAUGAUGUCCCACAGCAACUUUGUUCUGAUACUGCAUGCCGGGGCCAUUUGGUGGUACCAUUGCUUUUUGCGUGACCACCUAACAGCUCGACAUGUGACGCGGAUUGGAUUGGAGAGGCCCUGGCCGGAGGUGCGCCAGGCCUUGGAAACAGGCUCCAGAGAAGUGGUUAUCGUGGAGACAGGACCCUGGAGGCGGCGCUUGGAAGUGAGCUGCCGGAAGGACACACAAGGGGCUGUUCCAUUGCGGCAGCUGUUAUCCACCGGCGCGCUCCACGUUGAUCGUGUUGCGGGCACGGUGCUGAACGAGGAUGCUCUGCAGCUGCUGCGUGAAGAGGAGAUCUACCCUAUCGCAGAGGAGCUUGCACAAGACCAUGCUGCCAAACAUGCAGCCGGAAUUGGAAACCAUGAGCCAAUGGCCUUGAAGAUGGAAGACGACACAGGUACCCUGAAGUGGAUGGAGGAUUUGCCACCUAUGGCUCAACGCCCACUUCAGUGGCACGGGCGAGUUUUCUGCCGCUAUUGGGGCGGCCUGUCGGUUGUCAUGGGCUUGACCUCGGUUUUGGUGUGGAUGCCCAAUAGCAGCCUGCAGCCUUGGGCAAAGUUCCCAAGAGUGUCCGCAAGAACCUGA